AUGACGUAAUGUCCCGGCGCCCGCUGACAACCGACACGCAACGGGUGAUUCAUUCACCGGGGAUGGUUUAGCUUAGCUUCUGUGCUACUUCACUGUAAGACAAACAUGACUCCACCUCGGACAGACAUCGAGCUCUCUGUUUUUAUAUAACACUCUUUUUCAUACAGUACAAGUAUCCAGUCAUGAAGCUGCUUCAUAGAGACAUAGAGAAAGAUAAUGCCGGUCAGGUGACUCUGGUGCCUGAGGAGGCAGAGGAUAUGUGGCACACCUACAACCUGCUGCAAGUAGGAGACAGUCUGAGAGCAUCCACUAUCAGGAAGGUGCAGACAGAGUCCACUACUGGAAGCGUGGGCAGCUCCAGAGUUCGCACGACUCUUACCUUAUGUGUGGAGACAAUCGACUUUGAUUCCCAGGCUUGCAAGCUGAGAGUGAAGGGCACCAACUUAGAGGAGAACCAAUAUGUCAAGAUGGGGGCGUACCACACUAUUGAGCUUGAACUUAACAGGAAGUUCACUCUGGCUAAAAAGAGCUGGGACAGCGUUGUGCUGGAUAGAAUAGAGCAGGCAUGUGAUGCAGCCCAGAAGGCAGAUGUGGCGGCUGUGGUCAUGCAGGAGGGUCUGGCCAAUGUGGUUUUGGUGACACCUGCCAUGACUCUGCUCCGCGCCAAAGUGGAGGUCACCAUUCCCCGUAAGAGAAGAGGAAGCUGCACUCAGCACGAGAAGGCUCUGGACAGAUUCUAUGAGGCUGUGAUGCAGGCUAUUCUUCGCCACAUUAAUUUUGAUGUGGUGAAGUGCGUCCUCAUUGGCAGUCCAGGUUUUGUAAAGGACCAGUUCAUCAGCUACCUCUUUAAAGAGGCAGUGCAUCACGACAACAAGGUCCUGCUGGAAAAUCGACCCAAGUUCAUGCUGGUCCACUCGUCGUCAGGUCAUAAGUACUCACUCAAAGAAAUCCUGUCUGAUCCCACCGUGACAAGUAGACUGUCUGAUACUAAGGCAGCAGGAGAGGUAAAAGCCCUGGAGGAUUUCUACAAGAUGCUGCAGCAUGAGCCUGACAGAGCUUUCUAUGGAGUGGCUCAUGUGGAGAAAGCUGCUGACGCCCUCGCCAUCGACACCCUGCUGGUCAGUGACAAACUCUUCAGACAUCAGGACGUUCCCACGAGAAGUCGUUACGUGCGCUUGGUGGACAGUGUCAGAGAUAACGGCGGCACCGUCAGAAUAUUCUCAAGCCUUCAUGUGUCUGGUGAACAACUCACCCAGCUGAGUGGAGUGGCCGCCGUCCUGCGGUUUCCAAUCGCCGACCUGUCAGAGGAUGAGGAUGAGAGCAGCUCAGACGAAGACUGAGCGGCAGUGAGGAGCGAGGCGCGCUCACUGGGAGAAAAAAGAAGGCGGUCGUGCAUUUUCACAAGAAUACAUGGACUUUGUGUGUAGUAAAGCUGCUGUUAUGGUUUCCAUCAUGUCGACCUAAUCAUGAUUUGACAGGCUCAGACGCAGUGUUUUGUGUUUGGUCUGUUGAUAAGAACCCCAGUUAAAACAGAGGAAUGAAUUAUGAAAUGCAUACUGUUUAAGUUUUCAGCCGCAUUCAAGCAAUAAUCUUUGUUUCCAGCUGUAUAUACAAUACAAUACAAUACAAUAUGUCUAUUAAACAACACAAGCAGUCUA